AUGGGUGAACAUGAGGAUGUUGAUCAUAUCGAAGAUGUGGUUGUAGAAGAAAAUAGAGAGACAUGCCCCGGUCCCGAUCCUACGCCGGAAUGGUUCACCCAAAACAGUUGGGAUAAUAUGUUUGAUCCAUCACCGGUUAUGCAAGCGGAAGUAUUACCAUGGAUGCCUGGGGAGCAGCCAAUUAAAGGGAUGGUAUUCGCAACUAAAUUGGCGGUGCGACGUGCGUUGACUUGGUACGCAGUGCGAGAGAAUUUUAGCUUCAAAACUGAGCAUUCAGACUCAGAGAGGCUUAUGGUGAGUUGCGAGGAUGAUUCCUGUCCAUGGUCAGUCCGUGCGAUAUGUUGCAAGGGAGACAAUAUCUGGAAGAUCGCAAAAUGCAAGGGCCCCCACACGUGCGACAAAAUUCAGAAUGCUCAUGAUGGUCGGAUGAUUGAUUCGGUGUUCUUAGCAUAUGUACUUGAGCGCUAUAUACAAGAAGACCCUGCGUAUAAGAUAAAGAACUUACGCCACGUUGCUUUGGCAGAGUUAAAACACGAAAUAUCUCAUUACAAGGGAACCUGUACAUUCAAGUUCGUAUUUUGGGCGUUUCGUCCAUGUAUUGUUGGGUUCAAGAAGUGUAGGCCUGUGAUUAGCAUUGAUGCAACCCACCUCUAUGGAAAAUAUAAAGGGAAAUUGAUGAUUGCAAUGGCGACAGAUGCUAAUAAUAAAAUUUAUCCAGUAGCCUUCGCCGUUGUCGAGAGCGAGAGCACAGAGACUUGGGGUUGGUUCUUGGCUUGUAUAAGAACGGCAGCAAGUGCUACCCAGGAGCGAAAGUUCAAUACCACCUUCGAGUUAAUUGAGAAUGUCAACCGGGAUGCGCACCAAUAUCUAAAGGAUGUGCCCAAAGAGAAAUGGGCUCUAAGUUUUGACAAGGGUUAUCGUUAUGGGGCAAUGACGACAAACGUCUCUGAGUGCUUCAAUGGUUUUCUAAAGGGUGCUCGUAGCUUGCCCAUUACGGCAAUGGUGAAAUACACAUGGUUCAAAUUGAAUUCUUACUUCGAUGAUCGUCGCAAUAAGAGCAUAGCACAGUCAAAUUCGGGACAAAAAUGGACUAAAUAUGCCUUGCAUAUCUUCAUGAGAAAUAAGGCGAAGGUGGAGCGUCAUAGGGUGACAAGAUUGAGCGCGCAACAACAAUCAUAUCAAGUAGAUACACCGCAUAAUCCAGAGAGUGCUGGACAUGGGGAUCACACACAUGGAGUUAAUUUGUUGCAAAGAAGUUGCACAUGUCAAAAAUGGAAGUUGUACAAGAUACCAUGUUCACAUGUCAUUGCAGUUUGUAUUAGGUAUCGACAUGAUGCAGAGCAAUACAUUGACCCAUGCUAUAGCGUGGAUGCACUGUUUCGGAGCUAUGCUCCCAUUUUCCCUGCGUUGAAAGAUAGAUUAUCAUGGCCGGAUCCUGAAGAAACUCGAAGGGUCCUCCCUAACCCCCGAUUGAUUCGAGAGAAAGGCCGCCCUGUCUCAACACAAAUCAGGAAUGAGAUGGACGAGAGUGGGAGACGGCCGAGAACCACACCGUGGAAGGAGGGGGGGAGGAAGGUGCAAUGCGGGUUGUGUGACCAAAAGGGGCAUAACCGAAGAACAUGCCCUAAGCGGAAUGAGGUACCGACAAGUGGUGGUGUCGCAGACUAG